AUGUUUUCAUCAUCUUGUGAUACAAUAGUUGUAAUGGCUGAUUUAACUCAAUCAGGUUCAAUUAUAUUUGGAACAAAUAGUAAUCGUCAACCAAAUGAACCAUUAUCAAUACGUUAUCUACCAUCUGAAAAUCAAAUACCUAAUUCAAAAGUUCGAACAACAUAUUUGGAAAUUGAUCAAUUUGAAAAAACAAAUUCAUGUAUUUUAUUUUAUUUUCACCAACAAAUAUAUUUGGAGCUGAAAUGGAUAUUAGUUCUCAUGGUUUAG